UAUAAGUUUACACUUCUGAGUAAUUUUGUACAAUUAUUUUUGAAAAACCUACUUUUACACAGAAACGUACUUAAUAUGGAUGCGAUGGACGUCAUGAGCUCUGAUGAAGAAGUAGAAGACAUAAAUUCUAAUAAAGAAAACGUAGACGACGUUUCUAAUAACGUGGUUACUCAGACUGAGAAUUCAGUAACCGGUGAUUCAGUGAAUUCCCCAGUUAACUCGGUAUCUUCCCGUCAGUCGACAAACAAUAAUGUGCAUGAAGAAAUGCAGGUAAAAUUACAAAUUGGAAACAAAAGCAAUCCGAAGAUAGCCAGUGAAGUCGGGAUACACAAGACUACUUCGAUGUUCAACAGGGGCGAUGGAGCGCCAGUUCAAAAUGUUCCUGCGGCAGAUACUGCCCCAAGCACUAGUAAAGUGGUAGUGAGGCGUAGGGUUAGAGCGGCGCGUGUUCAAGAUAUUCUGCGACCCAUCUUGCCAAGGAAAUCAAAAGACCGCGCAAAGUUGAUGAUUCGAACGCUAGCUAGAGGGAUCAUCAUACCUAGAGGAGUGGUCUUCCAGCGAAGGGUUAUUCGCAGACGACGUGCGCCGAGACCCAUCAUUAUACCGAAGCCUGAAGUGAAGAGGAUUCGAUUUGGUAGAAAGAAAGUGAUGGGCAAAAAGUCACUCUUCACUGUGUGGAGAAGAUCUCGCCGGGCCAGGUCAUCCGACUCCAGAAUGUCCGAAUAUUGUUCCUGCGGUCAUUGCGAUUGCAACCAGUCAUACUAUUGA